AUGGCGCAGCUGGGGCCGGAUCAUGGAGGACCAGAUGAUAAGAUUGGCAUAGACGGUGGAGAGCUACAAAAAAAAUUAAAGGGGGGUCCCCGGAAGAGGGUCUCGCAGGCUUGCGACAGGUGCAGGAGUCGAAAAGAUAAAUGCGAUGGGAAGAAGCCGAGUUUACGUUUGGACGAGAACUCCUGCAGGACCGUGUAUGCUAAUCGGAAGGAUAUACAGACCUGUUCAACCUGCACUGCGAACGGCCGCGAAUGUUCCUACGACGCCAAUGUGAAAAAGAGGGGUCUGCCAGAAGGAUAUGUUCGAGGGCUGGAGAAGUUAUGGGGACUUGCAAUACGAGAUGUCGAUGAGGUGGAGGAUAAUAUGCUGUCAGCUCUGUCGGGCAACGAAGAGAGCGCUGAAAGUCCCUUGAGUAUCUGGAAUGACGAGACGAACUCAGAGACUUUGGUAGAGCUGUGGCGAAAAUCUACCAUCUCCAGAGAGCUGGAGAGGUUGCUAUCGUCCCAGGAGCCUUCGGAAAUAAAACGCAAGCGAACGAACACCGAGACCAAAGAUUUAGCUGAGAAGGGAGGGAUCCAGCAGCCAUCAAUAGAUGUAGCUCAGCCCAGCAAAGAAGCCGAUAUUUCGACUUCGAGUUGGUCCGAUCGAACUCAGGAUGUUCGAGCGCUCAGCGAUUUUCAAACAUCCCCAUCGGCUGUCGACAACAUCAGUCUGCUCAAAGAGCCUAAAGAAUACGAAUCGAUUCUUAGCCCUUCUGUGGGACAUGUGUCCAGUGGGACCCCGGUUGCUGCUGUUGGUUUACCUGAGCUACCUUCAGAAACAUGGCAUUUGCUCGAUGUAUACUUCUCUUACACGCAUCCCUGGCUGCCAAUAAUAGAGAAGCAUGACUUACUGCGAACAUCCUACCAGUACUCGCAGAACCGUUCCAAUAAUUCUGGCUCUUCUGGCUCUGGCGACAACGCAGUCCUCUGGGCGGCAAUCGCAUAUGCAAAGUUUCAGCACCGAGCCAUCAACAAUAUACCACGGGCUCUUGGAGCUGUAGGAGAAAUGGUCUGGACUGCAGAAAGGAUGUAUAGCCACGCCAGGGCUCUGGUUCCAAAUGAGGAGGUGACGUUGGAGCUGGGCCACGUACAAGCUCUACUUAUCCUCACACUUGCGAAUCUGGGCAUGGGUCAUUUCAGUCGAGCUUGGCUGUUAGUAGGACAAGCUGUUCGAGCAGCGAUUGAUCUACGCCUGGAUCGGCCGCCGGACCCAAAAUCACGCUCGAGAUCUAGACACAUUUUCCUUGGCUGUUUCGCCCUGGAGACACUCAUAGCAGCCCGACUAGGUCGCCGGCCGCACCUGAGGUCCGAAGAUGUCGAAAUUGUAGGUCUUCUAGAAGAGGAUGGUCUCGAAGAAUGGGAUCCAUGGAUAGACUGCCUUACAGUACGGAGAAGAUCUUCAGGGAACUUGCGCACCCCUGCGUCGAUAUUGAGCACCUUCAACAGACUAAUCCAGGUUCUCAAAAUUCUCAACGAAGCGUCAUGUUUGCCAGUGGCUUCCAACGCCUUGCAGUUGAGUACCACUCUAUUGCAAAAGUUACAUAUCUGGAGCCAAACCCAAUCACCCCCUCUGUCUUUCGACUCAGCUGCAAGAGGCAGCGAUCAAGCUCUAUCUUUGCUUCCUCAUCAGUACCACCUACAUAAUGUCUAUUUCACUACACUAGCGAUGUCGCAGCUGCUGUCUCAUCGUCAUGGCAAAGAGGCAGUCAAUCUCGAGCCAUGCACUCAAUCAGCUCAGCAAGCCGUUGAUCUCAUGAGUCAACACUCGGACAUGUUCGGGCUUCUCAUUGUCCCGCCUAUCUACGAGUAUUUUGUCAAAAAUGCCUACGAUAUAGUCCAUGCGGUACACAGCAGUAUAGAAAGCACCCAUAUCGUCCUCAACGAUUGGAGACGAAAUCUGGACCGUUGUGUAGAUGACAUGGAGCUCGCCUGGCCUGUUUUCGAGUCAUUCAAGUCCUCAACCGCAUAUCGGUCUACGUCACAGGCUCCCAGGAGGAAAAGCCAGGUGGCAUUCGAUCUUAUCAAUGGCAUGGACUGGGACGCAGAUACGUCGAAUUCUGGUAGAACUCCUCUGGGCAUGGCAAGCUACGAUGCUUUUGACCCUUUCAGUCCCCAGAACUCUCGCGAACAGGUCGAGCAACUGAGGCCAAGAGGAGCAAACCAAAUCAGGACAACCGGCCACCCAUCGUUAGGCCAAUCCUCCGGGCAUGGGCUUCCUCAAAAUCCUCGUAACAUUUACGAAGAUUUGCAUGCCACUAUUGGCUCCGCCAAACGACACCCAUCUAACAGGCAAAAUAUAGCUCCCAAGCCGCCUACACCGCAGAUGGUAGCGCAAGAGUCUUUCAAUAUAGCACCGCCUACUAAUCCCCAACAGCACCGGUCUUUGACUAUGAGUUCUACCGACGCCGAGGCCGAUCCCGUAUUCCAUGAAUUGAUGCGACUCGAUGCAACUGAGUGGGCCGGUAACUGGGAUCAAAGUCUGAUGAAUCUCGGCUUCACAGACACCGACAACAUGAACCAAGACUUCUACGCCUUCUGCCAAGAGCCAGACCCUUUGCACCAAAAUGCUGUUCUCCAGCAGCUUGUUGCGAAUUCGAAUGCUGAGACGAACGACAUCUUCGAUGGUACCGGAUCAGCAUUUCUUGGGGGUUCUUUGGGGAUGGGCGGGUUCGCUGUAGGUGAUGAGAAUGAGGGCAUUGAAGCAGGUCAGAUAUUGCAGGCGUUGAGUGCUGCUGAGGACCAGAGGGCCGGUGGAUAG